GGCAGAGGCGGCGGCGCAGGCGGCGGCGGCGAAGGGGGAGGCGGAGGUGCGGACCGGCGCGAUGCGGCGCUACCUGCGCAUCGUGGUGCUGUGCCUGGCCUGCGGCUUCUGCUCGCUCCUCUACGCCUUCAGCCAGCUCGCCGUGUCCCUGGAGGAAGGAGCCGGCGGCAGUGGCGGGAAGCCUCAGGCCGGAGUGGCUUCCUGGAUCGCGGGCGGUGGACGCGGCGCCGCGAGAGGGGCGGGCGAGGCAGGCACCUCAGCGCAUCCCGGCCGGUGGGACAGGUGUAAAGAUAUCUCUCUGUCUUACUGGAAUCCCUAUUGGAUGCUGCCCUCUGAUGUUUGUGGAAUGAACUGCUUUUGGGAAGCGGCUUUUAGGUACAGUCUGAAAAUACAGCCCAUUGAGAGAAUGCACCUAGCAGUAGUGGCCUGUGGUGAAAGACUGGAAGAAACUAUAACCAUGUUGAAGUCAGCGAUCAUUUUCAGUGUCAAACCUCUUCAGUUCCAUGUUUUUGCUGAAGAUCAACUACAUGGUAGUUUUAAAGGCAUACUUGAUAGCUGGUCAUUUCUACAUACAUUUAAUUAUUCAUUAUACCCAAUAACUUUUCCAAGUGAAAAUGCAGCAGAGUGGAAAAAGCUCUUUAAACCGUGUGCUUCCCAGAGAUUAUUCUUACCGUUAAUCCUGAAAGAAGUUGACUCGCUAUUGUAUGUCGAUACCGAUAUCCUAUUUUUACGGCCCGUUGAUGACAUUUGGUCUUUACUGAAGAAAUUUAAUUCCACACAAAUUGCUGCAAUGGCACCAGAACAUGAAGAGCCUCGAAUAGGAUGGUAUAACCGCUUUGCCAGGCACCCAUACUAUGGAAAAACUGGAGUGAACUCUGGAGUUAUGUUGAUGAACAUGACUAGAAUGAGAAGGAAGUAUUUCAAGAACGACAUGACACCUGCACGGCUGCGAUGGGGCGACAUCCUGAUGCCACUGCUCAAAAAAUACAAGCUGAAUAUCACAUGGGGCGACCAGGAUCUCUUGAAUAUCAUAUUUUUUCAUAAUCCAGAAAGCCUUUUUGUUUUUCCAUGUCAAUGGAAUUAUCGGCCAGAUCAUUGUAUCUAUGGAAGUAAUUGCCUAGAAGCAGAAGAAGAAGGAAUCUUUGUUCUUCAUGGGAACAGAGGUGUUUACCAUGAUGAUAAGCAACCAGCAUUUAGAGCUGUUUAUGAAGCACUGAGAAAUUGUUCUUUUGAAGAUGGCCACAUCCGUUCCUUAUUAAAACCUUUAGAACUGGAAUUGCAAAAGACAGUGCAUACGUACUGCGGAAAACUUUACAAAAUAUUUAUUAAACAGUUAACCAAAAGCAUACAAGCUCGUUAUGAUAGACCACCAAAGGAAAGGUGAUUCUUGGAGAUCACUGAGUCAAAUGAAUUAAAUCACAAAAUAUCGAGGAUACAUGUGAAGGAAUAGUCUUGGAUGAAAUGUUCAGGAAGGAAUUAUUCACUACAAAAUAAUUUUUUUCCUUGAAGAAGUUAAAUAAGCAAUAUAUUCAUUUAAUGAAGAAUAAAUUAAAGUCUUGGACUCCAACAAGAAGACAUUUUUUCAUCUCUGGUAUUUUGUAAUGUUACUCGCUGUCAUUCUAGUACUGAUGAGAAAUACUGCCUGGUUGUAGCCUACAGACUCUGGGUGACUCUUAUUCUCAAGGGAGUGAGAACAGUAGGGUGUGUGGAUGGAGAUGUACCUCAUGCACAGUGGGAACACUCAAACUGUGAGUAUAGCAAUAAUUCUGUGUCAGCACUAACCUCACUUUAAAUGUGUGAGAAGACGUUUACAGGAGCAGAAAAGGUUCUGUUUCUAAAGAAAUGUGAUGUAACCAUUGACAAUCUAUAGUGUGCCUUUAGAUUUCAUCUCUGUUUUCAAAUCUUUUUGUGACAAUCAUAUUUAAAAUUAUUUUUACAUUACAAGUAAACUGCACGUUUAAAAUGGACCUGUAUAAGAAAGAAGGAAAACAGUGAAAAUUGUGGCAUUUUAGUCUCUGUCUGUAUACUUGUGCAAUGUAGUAUUUUCAUUUGUGUAUGCUAAAACUGUCUUGCCAAACUUGGUUCUAAGAUUGUUAAACAUAAAUUUUGGGAAAUUUUUUAUGAGUUUAAGUGAAAAUUUUCAGCUUUACUGGGCAUUCUGGAAGAAUAAAGUGCUGAUAAUAACGUGAAAACCUAAAUAAUACACAUACAUGAUGGUGGAAAAUGUGACAGACCAAAAUGUGUAGCUAUAUACUUCCUGUGAAUAGUAAUUUUAGUUACAAUGGAGCAGGAAAAAGUGCUCAUUUAAACUUUUUUUCUUCUACCUCAAAAUAAUUUUGCAAGAUAUUUUUGAAGAAGCGUAUAUAGAGAGCCUUACUCUAAAUAAAUUAGACCGCAUUUGUGGGUGAUUUUGAUUAAGAAAAUCAUUACCUCUGACUACAGAAAAAGUGGUUUUGAUUGGGUCAGUGUGAAUGUCUUUCUUUUUUGAAUAUCACUUAAGACAGCUAUUUUUUUAGUGUUGAAAAUAUGAAAAAUAUUACUUCUCAUAGUGUUCUUGGCCACUAUCUAAUGUACAUUUGAAGGGUAUAUAGAAGGCUGUUUUUAAUGGUCCUCAAAUAAGACCAUUGCCUGCCGGGCUGUAUUCAACUCCUGGGGGUGGGUGUGUGGAGCUUGUUGAGAAUGGAUUCUUGGGCUUCACCUUUGAGGACUCUGAUCUCCUGUGUCUAGGGUGAGAUUUACAGACAUUUCUUAUUAAGAGGAGAUUUUAAAAAUUACACAAAAGUAGAGAGAAGUGGUGCUGAUUUUCCAGAUGAAAAGAAAAUCUCAGACAGCACGUUAUUUCACUGCCACAAAUACUUUGUUAACUACAGUGACAUCAUUCCUCCUCCAUACUACAUGAAUCUCCAGUCCCUAAGCAAAUUACCCUGCUUGUCUCCACUGUUAGAAGCGGGGUGCAAAAAUAAGUUACAUUGUGAUUCUGUUUUUAAUAAGCAUCUCAGCUGAUUUCAGUGUCAGCUAGUUUUGGAACCACUGGAAAUCAUUUUGCCAACUUGAAGGUUGAAAUUAGAAUAUUACAAUUCUUGGCACAGUUAGUGGAUUAUAAUUGUGAUUCUGAAAUAUUAGAGGAAGUACUUGGGGUUAUUGAUAAGAUAGAAAUUUAUCCCUUAAGCAAGUUCCUUAGAUUUGAGUUCCUUACUGAACAGAGAAUCUCAGCCCCAUUGACUCUGAUAUGAUGGAUUGGGACUCGAGCGUGUGGUCAUAGCUUAAUCCAACUGGACUAUAUAUACUGUGAUCUCACGCAGGUUGUGACUGACUGACACCGUCACACUCUACACACUGUUGAUCAUUUGGAAGAUUCUUCAUCUGGUUUAUUCAGAUCUGGCCUAAUUGGGUAUUUUACUAAAAGUAGGGUUAUGGUGAAGAUGCACUUAAGGACUAUUUUUUACCUGAAAUGUAGGAUAUCACAGAAAGUUAAUAAGAAUAUUAAAAUGAGUUUUCUGAAUUUAGAUAAGGUAAAUUUUUUCCUUGAGAAUUUAUGAGAAAUGUAGCACUCAGUGUUAAUGAGGUUAAAUUAUAGAACAAUUUAGAGAAUAUUACAUUUCUUUUCAUAAAACAGUAUAUAUCUAUGCAGUUUAUAUAAAUUACAUCAUAUAUUCUUUGAGUCUAUGUGUUAGAACAAUUCUGACCUCAGAACUCUCUCUGGGCUACAGUAUUACCAAAGUGGAAUGAUGAAAAUGCAGUAAAACUUUAUUUGUAUGAGUAGUCAUCUUAAAAGAACUAGAAAAACUUGUAGAAAUAUAUAUUGUGAUUUACACUUUAAAAAAACAUAUACUUUUUGUUUUUCCUAUGCAGAGUAGUUCAGAAUGUAUUAGGUAACCCAGUUAUCUUUUGAUACUUGAGAGCCUGAGAUAAUAUUUUACUGUUGCUCUCAUCUUGCCUUCAGUCUGAUGUUACUGGUGCAAAGGAAAGAAAAUCAGACUGUGAGCUCAAUCUGCAUACUCUUCCUGGUGAGAGACCCCGGGCAUAUCAUUUAACUUCUCUGUGCCUCGGGUUGGUAAGUAAUCUGUGUGCCCUUCUGACCUCCUGAGACCCAGAAGUCAUGAGUUAGGAAGUUAUGAGACUCAUCUAGACAACGGGCUUGAAGACACUCUCUCUGUCAGGUCACAUCAGCGCUGCUGCGGAAGGUGUUUGCCCUGUUUACCGUACGGAUCGUGUCUCCUUAGGCUCAGUGUUCUCUGAUAUGUAUUAUAGCUCUGGGAUUAAUUUGCUUAUUUUAUGUGAGGAAGAGAAAGCAGUGAAGAGAAUGAUGUAAAUGAAUGGUCAAAAAAAAAAAGAAGGAAAAGAGAGGAAGUGAGGAAAGCGAGGAAAGAAGGGGAUAAAAGUGAAAAUGGCAAAAGGCAGAGUUGGAAAAGAUGGAAUGAGAGUGGGGAAGAUCGAGAUGGAGAGAAACGGCGUGGAGACAGUCACUUGCUGAGCUGUGGGCCCCCACCCUGUGCCUCUGUCUGCCUCCCUCUAGGUCUGUGCCAGAGGCCCUCCAGGGUCAGGAAGGGUAUGGGCUUUCAUGGAGGCGAGCAGCAAGGCUCCCUUUGUUUGAUUUGUUAAUACUAGAAUUGUUUCCCAGUCACACUACCCACUUAAUCAUUUAGUGCUAAGGAUUCCACAUUUUUUUUUAAAAAACUGAAUUCCAGUUUAUGAGGUAGGAUGUGUAGAAGCACGAUAACUAUCUUCCUUUAACCUGGUCCUUUUAGUCAUCCCAAGUGUUGGAUUAUGCCAAGACUAAUCAUGUAGAAUCACAGGAGAGGUUAGGGUAGAGGGGAUGGCCUCUUAGGUUUGAAGAGGAGCAGGGACUUACUGCAUCCGUUUCCCAAGGUGAUACUGACAGGAAGCCAGGUGUGGACAUCACUGUCCUGCCUUGAGUGGCAGCGUAAACAGUGAAUCACAUCUACUGAUCCCUCAGUAGGUAUACUUUCAAUUGAACCGUUAUGAAUAAAUUCAAGAAAAUAUUCAGCGUCGUCUUUUUCAGAAGUUUAUAUUGUAGUAGUAAGUGCCUUAGGUAGUAGUCAGAACUUCUUUAAGGUAUUUUUAGAAAGACCACGGAUCUUUUUGUUUUGUAAAAUAACUUUUUUUUGGCUCCAUAGAGUAAAUGGAGAAGGAAAGUAGAGGAGCAGUCAUGUCAGGUGUGGGGUCAGUUAUGCAUUUAUUAAAUGUAAUUUCAUGUAUCUUAAAACAACAAUUGCCUUUUAAUAUUUAAUGAAAACAUUAAAUAAUGAGCUUUUUUUUUAUAUACACUGCCAAAGCAACCCUUUUUUGCCUAUUAAAUUCUGGCCAAACUGUUCUGAUGUUUAUUGUUUCUUAAUUCAUUGAACAUGAAACUAGGUUUUAAAAACUAAGUUAUAAAGUUAGAUAAACUUAAGACAAGUCUAAAAGGUGGUACAAGAAGGUGUUCUUUUUUAAAACUAAAAAAUGAAUAUGAUGUUAAUUCAAUUAUUUAGCAAGUAUAGGAUUAUGAGAACAUGGAAUAUAGCAUAUUGGAAUAGGGAUUUUAAAGUUGAUUAUAAAUCAAUGUCAAACUUAACUUUUAAAUGUAAAAUAUAUAUUGUCACCUCAUCUAUCAAUAAUUCCAAAUGUGUAGUGGGGUUAUUUCUUUAGAAUUUUCUAUAAACCCAGUUUUCAAACAAAAGAGAGCCUUUGAAAAGAUAGGAAAUGAGAAUUUCUGUAACUACUAACACUGUGAGUGCUGUUCAGAGGAUGCGUGGUCAGACAUUCUGAUGUGAUACUUAACUGAUAUGGAGCCUUUGAUUAUGUUUCCGUACAUACACAGUCUGAACAUGUGCAACCCUACAACACCGUAGGAACUCCUCGCAAAAACUGAACAGAACUCAACAGUGUAUGUUGUGUAAAAGUAAAUUGACUCUGACUAUGAUGGAAAAUAGCUAUUUUCAACCUUUGUAUAAAAUCUCUUCAGGGAAUAUUGGAAUGUUGUGGAAAAAUAAUUCAGGGCUUGUAGUAUAGCUGUAGAUUAUGUCAUUUAUUUGAAAUUUAGCAACACAUACAUACAUCAUAUUCAUUAUUUGAGCCAGACCAAUGGUUUUUGAUGGGGUGCUCUAACAGAAGAUCUAUGAAGGAGAUGGUUUGCACCUGUUCUUAAAAUAAAAAACUGGUAAAGGUUGUAGGUGUUUCCAUUUUUUUACAAGCAUUUUGCAUAAAUACAUUAAUAAUUUGAGUAGAAUGGUUGUAAAAGCUGCAGAAGGCAUCUUGGUAUACUGUGAUAUGCAGAGGUUGCUGUCCUUAAAUUGCUUUUUUACCUUAAAAUGUUAUAGUUUUAAGAUAAUUUGGAUGUCUUUCUCUUAAGUAUUUUAUGUAUCUUGACAUUUAUUAAAGAUUGUAGGUUGGGCUGUUGCCUGAAAUAAUAGAAAGUUGCUUCAUUUGGAGGGGGGGAGUUCAACUCACCUUUUUCUUGAGAAACCAUGUUGCUGUUACUAAAUAAACAUCUCAAUAAAUGUUUAAGUUCUUCAAA